AUGUCAAAAGAUUAUAUUGGUUGGUUAGAGAAAGAAAUUGCCAAUGAACAUAUAAAAUUGUAUAAUUACUCGGAUUUCCAAAUUAAAAAACAAAUAGGGAAGGGUGCGUAUGGAAAAGUUUAUCGUGUUGUUUGGAAAAAUAAACGUAUUUUCGCUUUGAAAUCUUUUAAUAGUCAAGAAGUCAUCAAAGAAAAUGUGGAAGAGUUGAAACUGCACAUGAAAGUUAACAAUCAUGAAAAUAUUAUACGGAUAUAUGGAAUCACAUUGACAAAUCCAAGUCAGUAUUAG